UAUCGAGAGACAGUAACACUUGCAUCGUCCGACAGUGUUUGGGUGCAUCUCAAGAUGCGUUUCCUCGCUGCCAUCCUCCUGGCUGUGGUCAGCCUGAGCCCUCCCAGCUCCGGCAAAGUUUACAGUCAGUGCGAGCUUGCCAAAGAGCUGAAGUGCGUCUACGGAUUUGCUGAGAGCAGUCUCGCCGAUUGGGUGUGCUUGGUUCAACAUGCGAGUGCCUACAAUACCACAGCUCUUACGGUUAACGGGGGGAGGCCUCGCAGCAGAAACUAUGGAUUAUUCCAGAUUACCGACUACUACUGGUGCGAAUCUGCCAUAGGCACCAACGAAUGCAACAUCGCCUGCUCGCGUCUGGCAGACGACGACAUCGCAGACGACGUCGCGUGUGCAAAGGAGAUUUUUCGACGUCAACAAUUCAGGGCGUGGAGCGGCUGGCGAAGCUAUUGUGAGAAUAAAAAUUUGUCUUCCUACACACGUGGCUGCAACCUCACUUGCUGAUCGCCGUGGCCACCCUUGCUGGAGUGGAUGAACCUUUUGUCUUGUCAGCGGCUUGACUCUUUUGCCUUGAUACUCGAUGAAACGUUUUGCCUCGUUAGCGGCUUUACUCUUUUGCCUCAAUACUCGAUGAAACUUUUUGCCUCGCUAGCGGCUCGAUUCUUCUGCCUCAAUACUCGAUGAAACUUUUUGCCUCGCUAGCGA